AUGGGCGCUGCCGCGGCGGCGGCGGCCAAUGGGAGCGGCGGCGGCGGCGCGGCCCCGGCGCCCCCCGCCCCCGCCCUCCCCUUUAGAGGCGCGGCGGGCGGCCGCCGGCCCAGAGCCCUCCGCACCGGCACCGCCGCUCCGCCGCACACCCGCGCCCUCCGCGCCCUCCGCGCCCAUGGGGGCCGACGCCGCCUCGCUCGGCCCCACAUAACGGGGCUGCGCGCCCCGCACAGCCGCCCCGCCAUGCCGGCCGAGCCCCCCCGCUCCGCUCCUCCGCGAGCCGCCGCCGCCGCCCUCCGCAAAGCGCUGCCCGAGGUAAGCGGCGAGCAUCGCCCGCUCCGCCCCGCACCGCGCCGUGCGGGUCCCCCCGCUGAGCGCCGCCGCUCCCCGCAGGGCCGCGGGGCCCCGCUGUGGCUGCGGGCCCGCUUCCAGGCGCUGCUCUUCGCGCUGGGCUGCCGGAUCCAGCGGCACUGCGGGAAGGUGCUGUUCGUGGGGCUGCUGCUGUUCGGGGCGCUGGCCGUGGGGCUGCGGGUGGCCUCCGUCGAGACGGACAUCGAGCACCUCUGGGUGGAAGCGGGCAGCCGUGUCAGCCAGGAGCUCCGCUACACGAAGGAGAAGCUGGGCGAGGAGUCCGUCUACACGUCCCAGAUGCUGAUCCAGACCCCGAAACGCGAAGGAGAGAACAUCCUGACGCAGGAGGCCCUGCAGCUCCACCUCGAGGCGGCCUUGGCUGCCAGCAAAGUGCAAGUCUCGCUGUACGGAAAAUCGUGGGAUUUGAACAAAAUCUGCUACAAGUCAGGCGUCCCCAUCAUUGAAAAUGGAAUGAUCGAGAGGAUGAUCGAGAAGCUGUUCCCCUGCGUGAUCCUGACACCGCUGGACUGCUUCUGGGAAGGGGCCAAGCUGCAGGGAGGCUCAGCCUACCUCCCGGGCCGUCCUGAUAUCCAGUGGAGCAAUUUGGACCCUCUGCAGCUGAUGGAGGAGCUGGGACAGUUCACAUCCCUAGAAGGCUUCAAGGAGCUGCUGGAUAAGGCUGAGGUGGGGCAGGCUUAUAUGGAGCGACCCUGCCUGGACCCCCAGGACCCUCAGUGCCCCUCCAGCGCCCCCAACAAGCAGAGCCAGCAGAGCCCCGACAUCCCGGCGGAGCUCUCUGGGGGCUGCCAUGGCUUCUCCAGGAAGUUCAUGCGCUGGCAGGAGGAGCUGAUUUUGGGCGGCACAACCAAAGACUCCCAGGGCAAGCUGCUAAGUGCCGAGGCCCUGCAGACAAUGUUCCUUCUCAUGAGCCCUCGGCAGCUGUUUGAGCACUUCAAGGAUGACUAUGAGAUCCAUGACAUCAGCUGGAGUGAGGAGAAAGCAGGUGCUAUCCUGGAGGCCUGGCAGAGGAAAUUCGUGGAGCUGGCGCAGGACUCCAUCCCACCCAAUGCCACACAGAACAUCCAUGCCUUCUCCACCACCACACUCAAUGACAUCAUGAAGUCCUUCUCUGACGUCAGUGCCAUCAGGGUGGCUGGAGGAUACCUCCUCAUGCUGGCCUACGCCUGUGUCACCAUGCUGCGCUGGGACUGCUCCAAGUCACAGGGCGCCGUGGGCCUGGCUGGGGUCCUCCUGGUGGCCCUCUCUGUGGCCUCUGGCUUAGGACUCUGCUCACUGCUCGGUAUCUCCUUCAAUGCAGCCACCACACAGGUACUGCCCUUCCUGGCCCUUGGCAUUGGUGUGGAUGACAUGUUCCUCCUGGCUCAUGCCUUCACUGAGACCAGCCAGCACAUCCCCUUCAAAGAGCGGACAGGAGAGUGCCUGCGGCGCACGGGGACCAGCGUGGCUCUUACCUCUGUCAGCAACAUGAUUGCCUUCUUCAUGGCUGCCCUGGUGCCCAUCCCUGCCCUGCGUGCCUUCUCACUCCAGGCAGCAGUGGUGGUGGUGUUCAACUUCGCCAUGGUGCUGUUCAUCUUCCCUGCCAUACUGAGCCUGGACCUGUAUCGGCGGGAGAAGCGCCGCCUCGACAUCCUCUGCUGCUUCUACAGUCCUUGCUCCUCACGGGUCAUCCAGAUCCAACCCCAGGAGUUGGCCGAUGCCAACGACAACCAUGCCUCCCACCCAUCCCCCUACGGCCACCCCGGCGUGGCCACCAGCACUCAGAUCACCACCACCGUGCAGGCCUUCACCCAGUGCGACCCCUCGGGCCACCACAUCGUCACCGUGCUGCCACCCACCUCCCAGGUGUGCACCUCACCCGCCGUGCUGCUGCCGCCUGCCGACCCAUUGGGCUCGCAGGUCUUCACCCCCUCCAGCUCCACACGGGACCUGCUGGCCCAGCUGGAUGAGGCUAAGGGCGGGCGCGAGUGCGUGCCACUGCCCUUGUGCCGCUGGAGCCUCUCCGACUUUGCCCGUGAGAAGUACGCCCCGCUCCUGCUGCGGACCCAGACCAAGGUGGUGGUGGUGAUCCUCUUCUUGGCGCUGUUAGGAUUGAGCCUCUACGGCACCACCAUGGUGCAUGACGGGCUCUACCUGACAGACAUUGUGCCACGGGACACCAAGGCUCACGCCUUCAUCUCAGCCCAGUUCAAGUACUUCUCCUUCUACAACAUGUUCAUCGUCACCAAGGGUGGCUUCCACUACCCGGGCGCCCAGGCCGCCCUGCUCAGCCUGCACCAGGCUUUUAGCACUGUCAAGUACGUGGUGCGUGAAGGCAACCAUGACCUGCCCAAGAUGUGGCUCCAUUACUUCCAGGACUGGCUGCGAGGGCUCCAGGCCACCUUCGACAGGGACUGGCAAGCUGGCCGCAUCACCUAUGAUAGCUAUCGCAAUGGCUCUGAGGAUGGGGCACUGGCCUACAAGCUCCUCAUCCAGACUGGCAAUAAGAAGGAGCCAUUCAACUUCAACCAGCUGACUACACGGCGAUUGGUGGAUGAGAAUGGCAUCAUCCCCCCAGACACCUUCUACAUCUGCCUGACGGUGUGGGCCAGCAACGACCCCCUGGGCUUCGCUGCCUCCCAGGCCAACUUCUACCCACCACCACCUGAGUGGAUCCAUGACAAGUACGACACUACAGGCGAGAACCUCCGAAUCCCAGCAGCCCAGCCGCUGGAGUUCGCCCAGUUCCCCUUCUACCUGAGCGGGUUGCGUCGCACAGCCGACUUCGUCGAGGCAAUUGAGAGCGUGCGGGCCAUCUGCCAGGAGGCGGCCCAGCGCCAUGGGGUGCUGAGCUACCCCAGCGGCUACCCCUUCCUCUUCUGGGAGCAAUACAUCGGCCUGCGCCACUGGUUCCUGUUGGCCAUCAGCAUCCUGCUGGCCUGCACCUUUCUCGUCUGCGCCCUGCUGCUGCUCAACCCCUGGACGGCCGGUAUCAUCGUCUCCAUCCUGGCCAUGAUGGCGGUGGAACUGUUCGGCAUUAUGGGGCUGAUGGGCAUCAAGCUGAGUGCCAUCCCUGUCGUCAUCCUCAUCGCUUCAGUUGGCAUUGGCGUGGAGUUCACUGUCCACGUGGCCCUGGGCUUCCUUACAGCAGUUGGGAGCAGGAACGUGCGCUCAGCUGCCGCCUUGGAGCACACCUUUGCCCCUGUGAUGGACGGUGCUGUCUCUACCCUCCUGGGCGUCCUCAUGUUGGCCAGCUCUGAGUUCGACUUCAUCAUGAGGUACUUCUUUGCGGUGCUCACCAUCCUGACACUCCUGGGGCUGCUCAAUGGGUUGGUGCUGCUGCCUGUCCUGCUAUCAGUCAUCGGGCCACCCUCUGAGGCAUCUCCUGUGGAUAAUGGCCCCCGCCUGCCCCCUACAGAGCCAGUGCCUCCAUGCCCUGGGGGUCUGUACAUCCGCCGUGCCCCUGCCUGGCCCGCUGCCUUCACUGAUACCUCAGACACAGAGUGCUAUGGCGACAGUGUGGGGCCAGGCAGCCCCCAGGGACCCUUUAUUGUGCCACCUGCCCCGGCACACAUUCUACUGGAGGCUGGCAAGGACCCCAGCUUCCCCCGCAUCACUGUGCUGAAGCCCUACAAGGACAGCCCAGAGGUCCAGGGGAAGAAGGAGCAGCCCAUCCCCCAGCCUGCAUCUUCAUUGCCUUUCGGGGAGCCGUGCCCCACACUGUCCAGAGACUACCCGCACCCCACAGCACUGCCUCGGCCGGGUCAGCCCUGCUCCUCCAGCGCCUGGCCAGCCCCUCGGGCCCCCCUGCCAGCCUACAGCACCCACCUGCAGGGCCCUGCUGGCAGCUACACCACAGUCACAGCCACUGCUUCAGUGACGGUGGCCCUGCACCCCACGCUGCCUGGCUCCUACCCCAGUUUUGGCACCGAAACGGACAGUGUGGAGGAGCCCAGCACCAUGCCUGACUCCUUCGAGAUGCAAAGCCUGGGACGCCACGGGGCAGGCACCCGGCGCUAGGUCACCAGCUCCGUGGAUGGAACCCAGGCUGGCAACUCCCAGCGUGGCACAGAGGGUGCAGAGCGGGCUCGCCCGUGUUGUGCUGCUAAUCGCCCCCGUGGCGAUGCUCCGGUCUCAGCCGAAGAGGAUCGGCCCCCCACGGCCCCACACCCAGGCUUGACAGGGCAGGCUGGCAUUCCUAUGCAAGCUGUGUGCAGGCCACGCUGUGUCAACAGGGCGGUGUCUCCCCAUGUGCCUUGGGGUCACCCUGUGCCUGUGCCCCCCAGAAAUGGAAGCACUAACUCCCCCUCUGUUUCUGGAGCUGCUGGCACAGGGGCGCAGCGCCCAGCCCUCUGCCCUGCCACCUCCCUUCAUGGGGCCACUGCCUGCUCCCCGUCCUCCUGGGACCCCCCCCGGCCACCUGCUGGGCUGCCUUGCCCCUGGUGUCCCCCUGCCCGAUUAGGCAGGUGCCCCAGAGCUGUGGGCAAGGCCCAGGGUAGGCAUCCCCCACCUUUAUUUAUUUGCAAAGGGAAACUAUCUAUAGAGAGAUAUAUAUUUUUAAGCUUAUUUUAAAAGAUUUAUUUCUCAGCCGAGGGCCUUGUCAGGCUGCUUGGGGUGGGGUAGCGAGGGGCUGCCCCAUGUUCCCCCAUCCUCUCUGUGCCUCAGUUUCCCUACCAGUGAGCACAGGAGGGACGGAGCUGGGGGAUGUGCUGGGGAGCCUAUUGCUGCCAGCACAUAGGCAGGAUUUGGGGGGGGAGAAGGGGUUCUUGGGGUGCUCCUUACUGUGCCAAGCCCCUGCGAUGUCCCACAGUCACAGCUCAGCCCUGUGUAGGGCACCCACACUGCCAUUGGGCUCAUCCAGCUGGGAAAGCAACUUUCUUGCCCCCUGCCCAUGCAAUGGAGCCAUUUCCCCCUGCCAACUCCCCUCCCCAUCCCGGGCACUGUCCAUGCCGUUACCCAGCACUUUAACUCCAGCGGUGUUGCUGUGCCCACUGCCCUGGCCCCCUGACACUGCCGCUGUGCUGGGGUGGCCUGGGGUCCUCGUCCCCGUGCCAGGCGUGGGCACGGUGGGCAGCCCCCCCCCACCUCCUCCCCCUCUUCCCCCAACCACGCCAUCUAAGUUAUUUAUAUCAAAGAGAGCAAAGGUUUAUUUUUGUAGUUUGUACAGGCGGUAGUGGGGACUGAAGGUUUAUUUUUAAAGAGUAAA